CGGCUGCAUCGGACAAUAGAACUGUUUGCUUGCUCGCUGGUAUCGCUUGCGGUGAAAUCGCAUGACCUGCCGCGCGUACGUAGACAAUCGUCUCUCUCGGAGUUCUCGCCUGCAACGUUCAUCUGCGUUUUGGCGUUAUGUAUACGGGGCGCCAGCGCCUCGGCGUGCGUGACGGAUAAUCGUCGUACUAACUGCGCGCCGUACACAAACGUCACGAACCACUGUUGUUUUCAUUCAGUAAUACGGAGUUUCAAUUAUGCAGAAAUCGAUUUAGCCCUGGUUUACGUGCCGGGUCACCUCUCUCUUUCUCUCUGUUUCUGUGACACUUUGAAAGUAUGAUCACUCCAUUUCCAUAUGCUGCUUGAGCGUUCUUGCAACUUACUGCGCAAUAUCUAACGAAUGGACGACUUGUUGAAGUAAACAAUUAGAUUAAGGAUGUACAAACAUCUGGGAGCUUUAGUCACCUUAAAUUUGCUUACGUCUAGUUAUCACCUUCUGUCCAUCGAGAGUUUAAUAGAUAUAAUUGUUUUUCAUAAAAACGUAACGCAGAAUUCUCAAAGAAAAGAGGCGAAGAGAAGUGAAGUGCGAGUUGUACUACGACUGGCUGCCCACACCUUUAGUAGCUGAUACGUUUGUAGCCUGCAUAGAAGUAGUAAUCUCUAUACUGUGUCUAUCCUGACUCUAUAAAUGUUUAAGCCUGAUCUAGAGGUCACGGGUAUUUCCCGUAGUGGCCGCGUGAGGAAGAAGUCUUCUAAGCUCGUUGACUUCGAAUCUGACGAUCUUACGGAAAAUAAGCUCAAGCGACAGAAGGCGCAGCAGAUACAGACUCAACAACUCCUGGAUCAGUAUGAGGUGCAACAGCAGAUAUCGCCUGCGCAAUCUAGCCAAACGGGUAAUGUUGGACAACAGAGAAAAAAUUCGGGCUCCAAUCAUGUGCAACAAAGGCUCAAGAUGGUGGAAACCAUGUCUGACAAUGAGGGACAGUCCUCCAGUUCGGAAUCUGACGAUCCCGCCGAGAUAAAUGAGGAAGAGAGAUACAGUAUGGAAUCUGGAAGCGACAAUGAGGUAGAUCCUCUUAUGAUCGACGAAAGAGAAAUGGGAUUCAGGAAGCUAGAGCCACCAGCAGGUCAGGAAACACCAUCACAAGCAAAUAGUUUAUAUAUGCUUGAAAAAUGUAAAAAAAAGUUGAUUAUUAAGGAUGGGAAAAUUAUAGGCAAGUCAAAGGCACAACGCAAGGAUAAAGGGAAAACAAGAUUUACUGCUUACAUGCUAUGGGCAAAGAAAAUUAGACAAGAACUGCUAGAGCAAUCUCCUUACAUGGAUUUUGCGGCAAUUUCUAAGCGAUUAGGAGAGCUGUGGGCAACAGUACCACAUCUGGAAAAGUAUAAUUGGCGCAGACGUGCAAAGCGCUUAGCAGCAAAACCUCAUUCUUUACCAGCAAGUAAAGAUGAGCCUGUUUGGAAAAUGCCACCACCUGCCUCGCGAAAAAAAUUCAUUAAUAAAAUUGGUAACGGGAAAGAAACGAAACCCACUUCUGCAAAAAAAACUAUUCAGCUCGGCGUGCCGUCUGUCGUUGGGAACGUUCCAGUCUCACCACCAUCGAAUCGCACUAGUAAAGAUCUAGUUAAUGAGCCUGUGAUAGGCACAGGAAUGUACAAAGUCGUUGGAACGCAGCCGAUCGAUGUUGCGGCCCAUCUCAAGCUACUUGGUGAGAGCUUGACGAUCAUUGGAGAACGUUUGAAGGAGCACGAUGGUCAAAUAGCUGUUUCCGGCAGCCUCUCUGUUCUACUGGAUUCAUUGCUCUGUGCCUUAGGUCCGUUAAUUUGUUUAACGCAGCAAUUGCCAGAAACUAAUGGGGCUAGACCAGAAACACUUUCCCAAAUGCUCGACAACAUUGCUUAUCUUAUGCCUGGUCUUUAAUGUACAAAAUAUGUUUAUAGGAACAUUCGUAAUAAUGUAAAUACUUGUAUAAGAAAAUAGAUAUAAAAAAGGGAUAGAUUAUAUGAGCGUGAAAACAAAACUGACAUUCAUUUACUAAAAAUUUAAAUUUCAAAUACACAGAUUCUCAUUAUAUUUCGUCUAUGGUCAAACAGAAAGAAUUAUGUUUUAUAUAAAUAAUAUAUUUGUAUAAAAGUAAUAAUAAAUAUUUAAAUAGUUGUGCAUUACGUAA